ACCACAGCCAACGUCAUUUGCACACAAGAGGACACAUACGACGAUAAUGUGUGCAAUAGUGGCUCCGUGCGCGGUUUCCACUGGCCUGCGAUAGUAUCCAGAUGUCUCACUUCGCUCAGAGAUGCGCGUUAAUGAUCUUCAAUCAAGCCGGCGAUGUGGAUGCUGUGGAGGAAUCUGCUGUUGCGCAAAAGGAGUCUCCAUUCCUGCAGCUCCGAGAGUGGAAACUGGAUAUGUAUACAGCUCCGGAAGGUGGAACGCGUCGUGGAUGGAAGUUGGUGAUUCUCCACUAUUAAACUCAGUAAAAGCCCCAUAAAUGCUCUUUCUCCGCGCGUCUUUUCGGCUUUCUUUCCCCCGAGAGAGCCAUCCAAAAGCGCAGAGAUGGCAGCAGUGUCCAAUAAUAUGGUGUUCUCUGACGUGGAAAGUUUCCUGGACGCGCAUCCCGAGUUAUUCGAGGACUACCUGAACCGAAAGGGGAAUUAUGGCAUGGUGGAGAAAUGGCUCAAGAAGAACCACCACCACCACCAGACGAGCAAAAGCGCACCGGCGGCACCGGCGGCACCGGCGGCCGCUCCGGCCGAGAAGGGCCACGCGUGCACGGACAGCUGGGCGAGCAGACGCGACGGCCCGCAGCGCAGAGCGUCUCAGAAGGAGCUGCGUAAAACUUUCGCCAGAUCCAAGGCCAUCAACGCGAACAGGACCUACGACGAGCAGGUGAACUCUCGGGCGCAGGAGCCGCUGACCAGCAUGAGGAGGAGAGCCCUGCUGAGGAAAGCCAGCUCCCUGCCGCCCACCACGGCGCACAUCCUCAGUGCGCUGCUGGAGUCCCGGGUCAACAUCCCGCAGUACCCGUCCACCGCCGUGGACUUCAAGUACUACCUGAAGGCGCACAACGAGAGGGAGUUCUUCCUGGAGCUGGUGAAGGACAUCUCCAACGACCUGGACCUGACCAGUCUCAGCUACAAGAUCCUGGUGUUCGUCUGCAUCAUGGUGGACGCGGACCGGUGCUCCCUGUUUCUGGUGGAGGGAACCGGCAACAAGAAGACGCUGGUGUCCAAGUUCUUCGACGUGCACGCCGGCACCACGGUGCUGCCCUCCAUGAACUCGGAUGAAGUUCAGGUGCCGUGGGGGAAAGGGAUCAUUGGAUAUGUGUGUGAACACGGAGAGACGGUGAACAUCCCCGACGCCUAUCAGGAUCGUAGGUUCAGUGAUGAAAUCGACAAGCUGACCGGCUACAAAACCAAGUCCCUGUUGUGCAUGCCCAUCCACAACAGUGACGGGGAGAUCAUCGGAGUCGCCCAGGCCAUCAACAAGAACUCGAGUGGGGAGCUGUUCACUGAUGACGAUGAGAAGGUGCUGCAGAUGUACCUGCCCUUUUGUGGCAUUGCGAUCUCCAACGCUCAACUCUUUGCUGCUUCGAGGAAGGAGUACGACAGGAGUCGGGCACUUUUGGAGGUCGUCAAUGACCUUUUCGAAGAACAAACUGAUCUGGAGAAGAUUGUCAGGAAGAUCAUGCACCGUGCCCAGACGCUCCUUAAGUGCGAGCGGUGCUCCGUUCAAUUGCUGGAGGACAUUGAAUCACCGGUGGUCAAGUUUACCAAGUCAUUUGAGCUACUGUCACCAAAGUGCAGUGCCGACACUGACAGCAGUUUCAAAGACAGCAUGGAGAAAUCGUCUUACUCGGACUGGCUCAUCAACAACAGCAUUGCAGAGCUGGUGGCCUCCACGGGACUCCCUGUGAACAUCAGUGACGCCUACCAGGAUCCCCGCUUCGAUGCUGAGGCAGACCAGUUCUCUGAUUUCCACAUCCGGUCCGUGCUUUGUGUCCCCAUCUGGAACUGCAACCACCAAAUCAUCGGUGUGGCUCAAGUGCUGAACAGGCUUGAUGGGAAACCCUUUGAUGAUGCAGAUCAGCGUCUCUUUGAGGCGUUUGUGAUCUUUUGUGGACUGGGCAUCAACAACACCAUCAUGUACGACCAGGUGAAAAAGUCUUGGGCCAAGCAGUCUGUGGCUUUGGAUGUUUUGUCUUACCACGCCACUUGCUCCAAGACAGAAGUUGACAAAUUCAAGGCUGCGAACAUUCCUCUGGUCUGUGAGCUGGGCAUCGAUAAGCUCUCCUUUGAUGAUUUCUCCCUUGACGUUGACGCCAUGGUAACAGCAGCCCUGAGAAUGUUCAUGGAGUUAGGAAUGGUGCAGAAAUUCAAGAUCGACUAUGAGACACUAUGCAGAUGGCUGCUGACUGUCAGAAAAAACUACAGAAUGGUCCUCUACCACAACUGGAGACACGCUUUCAACGUCUGCCAGUGCAUGUUUGCCAUGCUCACGACGGCGGGCUUCCAGGAGAUGCUGACGGAGGUGGAGAUCUUAGCGCUUAUAGUCGGUUGCGUGUGCCACGACCUGGAUCACAGGGGCACCAACAAUGCUUUUCAGGCCAAGACGGGUUCAGCGCUCGCGCUGCUUUAUGGGACCUCUGCUACGCUGGAGCACCACCACUUCAACCAUGCUGUUAUGAUCCUGCAGAGCGAGGGUCACAACAUCUUCUCUAACCUGUCGUCCACAGAGUACAGCGACCUGAUGCAGCUGCUGAAACAGUCAAUACUGGCCACAGACCUCACGCUUUACUUUGAAAAUAGAAACACAUUUUUUGAGCUGGUCAGCAAAGGAGAAUACAACUGGAACGUGAAGGCUCACAGAGACAUGUGCAGGUCCAUGAUGAUGACAGCGUGUGAUCUUGGUGCUGUCACAAAGCCCUGGGAUAUAUCACGCAAGGUUGCAGAGUUGGUGACGAGCGAGUUCUUCGAGCAGGGCGACAGGGAGAGACUGGAGCUGAAGCUCACGCCCUCUGCCAUCUUCGACCGCAACAGGAAGGACGAGCUGCCAGGGCUCCAGCUGGAGUGGAUUGAUGGGAUCUGCGCGCCGCUCUAUGAGACUCUGGUGAAGUUGACUCCUAAACUUCAGCCGAUGCUCGACAUGAUCGAGGCAAACAGGGAAAGAUGGGGAGAGCUGAACAAGCAGAGACAGUGUGGGCCGAGCUCCUCUGCACCGGCGAGUCCAUGCAGCGUCGACGGCACGGCGACCGGCGGCUGCACCGGGGCCAUGACCGGCGGCUCACCCUGCUGCGGCGCCAAAGCCGACGGCACGCCGUCCAAAGCAGCUAGUUAGUUCCCGCCGGCGAGCCGGUGUCCUACAUCUUUUGUCUCCUGACAGGAAGUCUGCAGCAGAGGCCGCGCAGUGCAUGCAGAGGUUCUUGGGCUCUGCUCCUCUUCGCUUUUGCAACUUGGGAUGAGCUUUAGACUUGAGUGUGGCGCUAUCGUAGAGGUUUCCCUGCUCCCUUCAGAUUCCUCUUGCUGACGGAUGAUAGAUAUAUGUUUGGCAAGCCUUUUUUUUUUUUUUUGGAGAAGCUCAAAAUGAGCUGAUGACACCACGUCAGGAAGUAAACUCAACCAAACCCAGACAGAGAUGGAGUUGUUUUUGCUCUCGGCGGUGUCUUCUCGUCGUCCGAGGGUAACAGAGACGUUUUUGUACAUCUGUAAAUACGCUUUUCAGUUUACAAGUGCUGUUUUAAAAAGAAAAAAAACUGUAUACAUUGGAUGGGAAUAUUGUGUGGCCGUGGGGUUCCGGAAUAAUGACGGGGUGCAGUAGACGGCAGGACCUGUGACAGUGCUUGCAAUGCAAAUUGAAUUCUUCACUCCCUCCCUUCCUGUGCCUUGUUUAAAGAUCCUAAUGAAAAAUGCAUGGUCUCGUCACGGGGGUUGUUGAUAGUAUGGAAAUCUAUGUUGAUCCAUGCUGUUUUUCUGCCAUAAUUUAUAAACCAAUGACUGCAGUUAUCUCUUGACCCCUUGUUACCCACAAAAAUUAACAUCAUUUACAUACGAGAAUAUAUUUUGCCCAGUUUUAUAAAGGCAGGCUUUCACUGGUCUCUCUCACACUCUCACACACAAUGUGCCUUGAGGAAGUUGUUCUGGUAUUAUGUUAAAAUCCUGCAGGACAAGAACUCAGCUCGACUGAUUUACGCCUGACAGCUAAACUAAGUUCACAAACAUUUGUUCACUUCUUCGCCGAUGAUGGAAAGUGAUUAUUUGGUAAAUAAAAGGCCACGGCGUGUAAACAGUCAGCUUCGUUUCAUAUUAGGAUUACAGUGUACAUUAUUUCACCCAGUUCUGUUUGGAUGUUACAAAAGAACCCGUCUAAUUAAACAAAAAGAGAAUCCAAGCCAGUCGCCGCUGCAAAACAUUACUUUUUUUUAACGUCUCUUCAAAACACCAAUACAUAAUAAAUACGUUGUUUUAAUGUUUCUCCUCAAAUCUCCAGACAAAAUGCGCAAAUGCAUGCUUCAUCACUCAUCAAAUAGUUUCAAUCAGGAUAUUUUAGUGUGUGGAGAGGAAUAAAAGGCAGUUAAUCUCUCUGGAGAGCUAGAAGUUGUUGAAACACAGUUGUGUUUUUUUUCACUUUGUUUCAUCCCAAGCAGCAAGAGUUGACUUCUUUCUGAGAACCUGCAAGAAAUUUGUCAUUUCAAUUGAUGUCUCAUCAAGUUUAGGUAUCAAAAUGAUAACUUACAUCAGGAAAGAAGACCUGGUUUUUGGUUAAAGGCAGCCGUUCAGAACCCUCCCUGACGGAGUCUCAGUAUGGAAACAGAAGUGGGAAUAAGCUCUUCUGGCUCACAAUUACUUAAGUGGUUUCCAAAAAUAUAUGAAUAUCCUGAUGAACAGUGAAGAAGAAGAAAAAAAAAGUUUUUUCCAAAUUUUGCAAAUUUGCUAAAUUAAAAGUUCACCUGGUCCUCACCGAGUCUUUUAAAAAGCACCAUUGCAACCUUACGUGAAUGAACACGUAACACUGUGUCAUUAUUUAUCAAUGGAAAGUACACUAAGAUAAAGAAAGCAGACAGGUGAAGGUAAUAAAAUGUACUCGAUCUAUUGACCAUAAGUUAUUGUAACCAUCUCUGUAAAGCAGAAUGCCAAGGAGGGAAGAUAUCAGCCAUAAUCUUAGAGAAGCUGCUGUAUCUGGAGUUUGACCUUCUGCGAACCUCCAAACAAGUUCAAACCAAGUUCAGACCAUGAAAUUGUCUAAAAAGUGGCAACAAACUCAAGAGCUCCAUCUAAGAUUCUGCACAGCCAAGUUCACAUGUUCAGUGUAAGAAAAGGAUUUGGAUGUCAUCCGUUGCUCAACCAAAGCUUGGCUGAAGUACGGUUGUGGAACAGGAACACAGGAGCCAAAGCACACGACAAAUCUGAAUCUGACAUGCAGCAAAAGCAAGGAUGAAUGUGUUGCAAUGACUCAAAGCAGAUGAAAUCCUGCAGCAGGAGUUUGAGGGAGGUGCGUAUUGAUGAAUGCCUGCAAACGGCAAUGGACAGAGGCAACUCUAGUGUUGCAUCAGUUAUCUUCUGUAAAGAAGAAGUGUAGAAGAAAGAAGACUUCGAUACAAUGGUGGGAGAGACUGAGAAUUUAGUCCGGAAAGUCAUGACUUCAUCCAUUCACCUUCUAAUGUGUAUGUGAGGUCGGGUCGUGGGGGGCAGUAGCCUCAGCAGGGAGGCCCAGAUCUCACCUGGUGGCACCCAAGGGCGUUCCCAGGCCACCUGAGAGAUAGUCAGUCUAGUGCAGGGGUCGGCAACCCAAAAUGUUGAAAGAGCCAUAUUGGACCAAAAACACAAAAAAAACAAAUAUGUCUGGAGCCGCAAAAAAUGAAAAGUCUUGUAUCAGCCUUAGAAUGAAGGAAAGCAG